AUGGAUUCUGGACGGGACUUUGACCCCAAAGCUUUCGCAGGCGAGAAGAGCGGCGUGAAACAGAAAUGGAAUGAAGACGUGCGAACAGCGGGACCGCCUAACUCUGGCGCAUAUUGGCCGCCUCGGGCGUUUGUGCUAUGGCAAACAGUGGCCAGGAACAGAACGUUUGCGGCGAUGGCGGCGUCCAUGCUGGUCUGGGCGAUCGUCCACGCGGCAACGACUGUCUGGCCAGAAAAACGUCGAUCGAGUAGCAGCGUGUGCUGGAGAAACACGACUUGCAGCAACACCAUCACCGAGGCGGCCUUUCGCGGUGAAUGGGAGGCCAAUAUGUAUGCGCCUGCGUCGCGGACGGUCGAGCCAGUGGCCGUCAUUCUAUCGACAGACGGUGAUGACGGCGAUGGCGAGCGCCCUUUCGUUGCUGGCACGUCCUUGGCGCACAACGGGUCGAUGCUGGUCUUCGACUUUGGCAAGGAGGUUGGCGGGAUCGUGCAUCUAGAUUUCGUCGUCCUUGGCAACGGCUCUGGAGCCGUAGGCCUUGCCUUUAGCGAAGCCCGCAACUGGAUUGGCGAGUGGUCGGACUCGUCGAGCGACGGCCAGAACGGCCGCGACGGCGCGCUGUACGCCAACUUCUCAGGUCCAGGCAGCGUUCGCUACACGAUGCCAGACGCAAAGCUGCGUGGCGGUUUCCGCUACCUGUCCGUCUUCCUCAUGACCGCUACAUCUUCUGCUACGGCCUCGGUGCAGGUGGACUGUGUGCAGGUUGAGAUCGCCUUCCAGCCGACGUGGACGGACCUGCGAGCCUACCAGGGCUACUUCCAUAGCGACGAUGCGCUGCUCAACCGGAUUUGGUACAGCUGUGCCUACACGCUGCAGACGAACCUGAUUCCGCCCAAUACCGGACGCACGUGGCCCCCUCCUCAGGGCGGUGCCGGCUGGUCCAAUGACGGUAACCUCGGCAGCACCGGAAAUGACAUUCUCGUCGACGGGGCGAAGCGAGACCGCGCCGUGUGGACGGGCGAUCUAGGUGUCGCUGUUCCGGCAGCUUUCGUCAGCCUCGGCGACCUGGAGGGUACGCGCAACGCCCUGCAGACCAUCUACGACCACCAGAACGGCGACGGGGCCUUUCCACAGGCCGGACCCCCGCUGCUCAUCCAGGGCAGCGACGCCUACCACCUCUGGACCCUCAUCGGCACGUACAACUACAUCCUUUACACAGGCGACGCCACCUUCCUUGACCAGAACUGGCCGCUCUACAUGCGUGCUGUCGACUACAUCUGGGCCAAGGUCACGCCGGCCCAUGGCCUGCUCCUCGUCACCGGCUCCAGUGACUGGGCGCGUCAGAACAGCGCCGGCGAGAUCAGCGAGGCCCAGAUGCUGCUGUAUCACGCCCUGCAGACCGGCUGCAGGCUGGCCGGCUGGGCCGGUGAUGACACGGGACUGGCAGAAACCUGGACUGUGCGGGCGAAACAGCUCCGACAGGCUACCAUAACCCAUUUGUACAACCCAGGCCAGGGCGCAUUCAUGGACAGUAUCACCGAUGCAUCAAUCUAUCCACAGGACGCAAACGCCCUCGCCGUGCUCUUUGGAGUUGUGACCGCCCAAUCGGCCGAGGCCCAGAACAUCUCUGCGCUCCUUGCUGGCCGUUGGACUUCCAUCGGAGCUCCGUCUCCAGAGCUGCCCGGAAACGUCAGCCCGUUUAUCUCGUCGCUUGAGAUCCUCGCCCAUAUUGCUGCCGGCCAUCCGGAUCGGGCCGUUGACCUCAUCCGCAUCAGUUGGGGCUGGUAUCUGCAGCAUCCCAACGGCACCCAGUCCACCGCCAUCGAGGGCUACCUCCUGGACGGCUCCUUUGGCUACCGCACCAACGAUGGCUACCGUGGCGACCACAGCUAUCCCUCCCACAGCCACGGCUGGAGCACUGGACCGGCUACCGCUCUUACUGAAGGCGUGCUUGGCCUGCAGGUAACCGCUCGCCAGGGCCGUUCCUGGAUAUUCGCGCCCCAGAUGGCGGCUGGCCACAGUGGGCGUCUGCAUGACGUCCAGGGCGGCUUUGUCACUGGACUAGGCUCGUUUCAGGCCCGGUGGUGGUGGCAGGACAAGGAGAAUCCAGGCCCGUACCAGGCGACCGUCCAUACGCCUGACGGCACCACGGGCCAGCUUCUGUUGCCAGUCGUACAGAAUGGUACCAUUCCAACUAUUCAGAUUGACGGCCAGAACGCAUCGCUGGCCUGGUACCGGCAGGGUGUGGAUGGGGUGGUCGACCUGGUAGCCACAGAUGGCGUCUUGGGCGGAAAUCACACGAUCAAAGUGUGGUGA